ACAGACCUGAGCCCCGCCUCCGGAAAUGACGCGUCACGCUCUGCGCCGAGGCCGGAGGUGACGCAAAACCGGCACCGCCGGUGCGUGCCGUAGGUAGCGCUAGACCCGGUUUCUGUUGCUCUGGACAAGGCGGGCUUUCCUUGGAUGGUCGCAACGGCGGCAUCAUGACGGGGAAGAAAUCUUCCCGCGAGAAGCGGCGCAAACGCAGCGGCCAGGACGCAGCCGCUUCGCUCGCGGCCCCGGACCUCGUUCCCGCCCUCGCCAGCAGCGGCAGCGGGAGCACCAGCGGCUGCGGGAGCGGCGGAAGCGCAGGAGCACCGACUCGUCCUCCAGCGUCUCGGGCUCCCUGCAGCAGGAAACCAAGUAUCUUUUGCCAGCUUUGGAGAAAGAGUUAUUCUUGGCAGAGCACAGCGACCUUGAAGAGGGUGGACUGGACCUGACUGUGUCAUUAAAGCCAGUUAGUUUCUAUAUAUCAGACAAAAAAGAAAUGCUCCAGCAGUGCUUCUGUAUUAUAGGAGAGAAGAAGUUACAGAAGAUGCUUCCCGAUGUGUUAAAGAACUGUUCAAUAGAAGAAAUUAAAAAACUGUGCCAGGAACAGUUAGAGCUCCUGUCUGAAAAAAAAAUCUUGAAGAUUCUUGAGGGUGACAAUGGUGUGGACUCAGAGAUGGAAGAAGAGGCAGAUGAUGGCUGUAAGAUGGGGUCUGACCUAGCCAGUCACCAAGACUCUUGUAUAGAUUCUGCAUCAUCCUUGAGAGAGAACAAACAACCUGAAGGUCUGGAGUUAAAACAAGGCAAAGGGGAAGAUAGUGACGUACUCAGUAUAAAUGCAGAUGCGUAUGACAGCGACAUAGAAGGCCCGUGCAACGAAGAAGUGGCUGCUCCGGAGGCCCCGGAAAGUGCGGCCCCGAGUGCCGCUGGUCAGAUAGAUGACCUGGAGAAAGACAUUGAAAAAAGUGUGAACGAAAUUCUGGGACUGGCAGAAUCUAGCCCAAAGGAACCCAAAGCAGCCCCCCUGACUGUCCCUCCACCGGAAGAUGUUCAGCCCUCCGCACAGCAGCUGGAGCUGCUAGAACUGGAGAUGAGGGCUAGAGCAAUUAAGGCCCUAAUGAAAGCUGGUGAUAUAAAAAAGCCAGCCUAGUUAUUUAAAUUGAAUUUGAAUUUUAGGUGUGUUCAAACAAAGCCACAUCAUAAAUAUUUGUAUCUGAAGUUUAUUUGGGUCUUGUGUGGUGUUUCUCAUGUAACUAUUAUUAAGUAAAGUCAUCUUGGGCCUAAAAUACCUUUUUAAGAAAACUUUUAUAUUAUAGAUGUGCGUUUGAACUCAUGGCAAAUGUAAUUGGAUAGCCUGGAUAUUCUUUUUAGAUGAAUAUUUGGCUGUGUCUGCAAAUUAAUAUCUUAAAGAAUGAGUUAUGGUAUUUUUUCUUUGUUUUGGCCCCAAAAGCUUUAAGAAAGAUUGACCAAGCAUGCUUCUCUUAAGGCUGCUUAUAUUUUGCAAUACAAUAUUAAAUUAUUGCUCCUAGAUUUGUUAAGAAAUUUAAUUUUGCGUAUAUGUACUUUUAAAAUGUACUGUUUUGAAGAUGCCUUUUGUGGAUGUGGAUUUCCUAGUUAAAACUGGAUAACAGUUUCCAUUAUAAGGCUUAAGGGAUCCGAAAUGGCUGAGAAAAACUUUUUAUAAAGAAAAAGAGGACUCAAUUUAAGGCAGUUCUUUACAAUGUAGAGCUGAUUGCUCAUGUUUAAUUGCAGCAGACAACCCUUUCUAGCAGGUGUUUGAUCCUAUUGGACACAAUGUUCAUGUUUCUCUUCCAUAAGAAGGAACACAUUUUCAUUUACAUUCCAAACUAUCAGGAAGAAGAGGAUAUUUUAUCAUGCAGGGUUUCGUUGGGUGUUGUUGCUUGAAGCUCUGAUGUGCUAUAUUUGCGCGAAUCAAAAAUAAUAAAAGAAUAUCAUUCCAGA